AUGGCAAAAGAUUAUUAUGAAAUACUUGAGAUUAAUAAAAGUGCAACUGAUGAGGAGAUUAAGAAGGCCUACCGAAAAUUGGCAUUAAAAUAUCAUCCAGACAAGAAUAAGGAUAAAGGAGCUGAAGAAAAAUUUAAGGAAGUUGCAGAAGCGUACGAAGUCUUGUCCAAUAAAGAAAAACGCGAGACAUAUGAUAAAUAUGGAAAUGCAAAUUAUACUGAACAACAAUCAUCCAGACCAAAUCAUCAACAGCAUUUUUAUACAUAUCAAGGAGAUGGUCGUUCAACAUUCCGCGACUUUUUCGGAACUGAUGAUAUCUUUUCAGCUUUUAAUCAAUUCUCAUCAUUCGAUUUUCCUCAAAUGAAUCCUCAAUUUAACUCAUUUCCUUCAAAGAAGUUCUGUGAUGAUUCAUACAUGAAGCAAGAUCCACCAAUUCAAUAUGAGCUUUUCGUCUCAUUAGAGCACAUUUAUAAAGGCGGCAUUAAAAAAUACAAGAUCAACAAGAAUAACUUUCUAGGAAAUGGACAAGUUGUAAAGGAAGAAAAGAUUCUUAACAUCGAAAUCAAGCCAGGCUGGAAAGCAGGAACUACAAUUACAUUCCCAAAAGAAGGUGAUAAACGUCCAAAUAUAAUUCCAGCAGAUAUUAUCUUCGUCCUUCGUGAUCAGCCACACAAAUUGUUUACGCGAGUUGGUAAUGAUAUUGAGUAUACAGCAUCAAUUUCUUUGAAGGAAUCAUUAUGUUGCAGUUUGAUCCUUGAUGUACCAACACUUGGCGGUGAGAUUAAAAAGAUUGACUUUAGCCAUGAAGUUAUAACGCCAUACACGACAAAGGUUAUUCCAAAUUUAGGUUUGCCUAGUCAUAAAGAUCCUAAAACGUUUGGUUCCAUGAAAAUUAGUUUUAAAAUACGAUUUCCAUCAACUUUGUCGCUAGAUGUUCGUAAUCAGCUCAUGGCGCUUUUGCCUUGA